UUGCAGGGAUCCUAUGUUAUGUCGUACAAAUGGCAAAGAGAAGAUUGGGGAUGUGAGUUGGAUGAAAAUGAACGAAUUAUUGAUUGGUCAUUCUUAGCAGAACUGAAUUUCACAUUAGCUGCUUUACUAACUUCUAAAGGUGGAAUUCUAAUUUAUUCUAACGUUGGAAGCAGUGGCGUCAGACUCUGUGUUACUCAUUUGCAGAAAUUUGCUCCAGCUGUAAAUGAGGCUGCUGCCGUAUGCAUUCUUCCUGAUGCCAGUGGUCUAGCAUUCAUCCUUUUAAAAGGGAGUGUUUUGUUGGUACCACUGCGGUGUAUUCUAGACGUGCCAUGGGGUAGAUGUGAUAUUUUGGCCAGUGAUUCCAUUUCAAUUUUGGAAGUUAAUGGUGUGGAAGAAGGAUGCUUGUGUACACCAACGUCUGCACUCUGUUACAUUGCCCAUCAUUCAAAACGUCCUUACUUAAUAUAUGCGAAUAAGGCUGGACAGCUAUUCAUUAUUGAUUUGAGCAUGAUGGUAGUAUCCGUAAUGUUGAGAGCACCGGAAAGCAUUCACAAUAUUGCUUUGUAUGCAAGCAAGGGCGAUGUUCAUUUGCUGGUAAGCGGUUUCACUAGCGAACAGUGGAUAUUGCCAUUGGAAACUGAUGGACGUGGCUUGCGUGAAACGUUAGGUCAGGUUAUUCCAUGGGAUUUGAGAGAACAAUAUCACAUAACAUCUCAAAUCAGUGUUGCCUUUGAUGGGAUGCUUGCUAUGCUUAGCACUGAAGAUUGUGUUGUCAAGUUCUACGACGAUACCGAUAUGAAAAUAGCGAAAAAUUCUGUCUCUGUACCUGAAAAUACGUGGCAGGUGCAUAUUCUUCCGCAUAUGAUCUUUGCUGUUACUGAUCAAGUUUCUGGUACUGGAGUUUCUGUGUACUUUGGUGGUUUGUUUAAUGCUGCGAAAAUUUUUUACGAAAAAAUUCUUGAUUUCCCAAAUGCUAGGAUAUUGGGUUUUAUACCGAUUCUGUGCGAGAAUAUUCUGCCUUCAUGUUUGCUCGUGACGGAACAUGAUGUUAUCGUUUUAUCUCCAAACAAGCCCUUACGCGAAUUUCUGGUUGAUUAUGUCGCGAAACUCGAUUAUAGUUAUAGCAUUUGCAUGUUGGUUGCUGAAACAUUUAGAAUAAAUACCGCAGAUCUAGUACAAAACAUCCUCGAUGAUACUUUUUCUACUGUUCAAAAUUCUGUGGACCGAGAAAUCAUUCUGAAUAAGCUGAUUCGUCUUGCACUUGACUCAUCCAUGGAUCUUAUCACUUUAAUACAAUGGUGCACGAAAAAUAGGUUUGAACAUAUCCUUGUGGAAGUGGUGAGAGAUAUGUGUGCAGAAAAUCCAAAUGAAGAAGGUAGACAUCACAUGAUCAACCUUUGCAUGGCCCGUUAUAAAGCUCAUUCUCAAGACAAAGAUAAGAUUGAAGCCAUUUUGAACGAGUUUUUGGUGCACCAUCCAGAUGUUCACAUUGGCAUGGAGAAGUUGCUUGAAGCAGAUUUUUGGACGACUGUUGCUAUAAUCGUUGACAAUUCGUUAGAUAAAGCUGAGAUUGUGGGAAGAUAUUUAGCAAAGACUGAAAAGGAUUGGCCAACAAUUCAUAGUUCAUUUAUCGUGAAAAUUUUAUCAUCGUUGUGUUGGAAAUCAUACAACAAAGAGGAUGGCGAAAUACUUUUACGCCGCAUGGCGGAAUUUGUACCUCACCUCAAAUCUGUACCACACCUCACUACUUUUGCUAAGAUUGGUAUUGAACAGGUGACGAGUUAUCAACAUAAUGCAGUUGUUCUCUACGUGUUAUCCUCGUUGCAUUUGAUGCGAGCAACAUACAACACUUGUGUUCCUUUUACAACGGAUAACAUUAUCUCAAGCGGAUCGAACUUUAUCGCCGUAGUGACUUCUGAAGAAGAUGUUGGUUAUUGGGGGGAAUUCUCUCCAGGACCAUUAAAGUCGAAAGAAUGUGAGAAACCGCAUGGACAACGUGUACCUCGUUUAUGCAUGCUGGAUACACGUGUUCGAAUUUGUAGCGUUUCUUGCGGCACCGAACAUUUACUCUGUUUAACUAUACAUGGAAAAGUCUAUGCGUUUGGACGAAAUAGAUUUGGUCAGUGUGGUGUCGGUCAUACAAAUGAGGUUACAUUGGCAACGGAAAUUGUCAAUAAUUAUGGAAGCGCCCGUACAGUAUGUGCUGGACAUUAUCAUUCAGCACUGAUUAGUGAAGAAGGAUAUGCUUUCACGUGGGGUUGGUCGUUUCAUGGACAGCUGGGAAUUAAUACUCGCUCUUCAUUUACAGACGAACUGGCUCCGAGUCUGGUGAAGUCUUUGAAUGGGCGAGUUAUUUCACUUGCUUGUGGAUAUGCACAUACAUUAUUUUUGAUGGAAUCAGGCGUUGUUUAUUCUUGCGGCAACGGUUCAUAUGGACAGCUGGGUACUGGUGCUGAAAUAAAAAACGUUUUGAGCCUGGAGCAGUUCCUGUGCCGGACAAAGUUAUCAUGA